AGUAGGUGUUAGGAACGAGGGACAACAAAGAGGAAGGGAUGGAGUCCGAAAGGAGUGGGAAAUAAACGGGCGUUGCAAGGUUGCAACGUCUGUGGGAGUCGUGCCGCUACUUCCGAAGAAUUAGCAUCUGAAAGGAUAUCGUGUAAGUUCAGAUAACGAAAAAGCAAACCCGAUAAGAUGUCAAGACCAAUCCUUAGCAGGCCGCGUACGCGUGUAUACGGAUGCAACUACGAUAAAGGAGAAUCGUAUUAUAAACCGAUGGUCGAUCACUUAGAUCGGAAGUACAGUUCUCGACCGCUCUUCUCCGAACCAAGAACUUCAAUAGCCGACGAGAUCGCGGCCCGUCGAAGCGACAUCGGCACGCGUGACCUCUCCGGUCCUCGCAACAGUUCCCUUGGACGUGACCUUGACCCUGAAAUAGAUCCUUUAAUCCGCGGCCCCCAAUUACCAGUGCCUUCCCUGGCCACCGACAGCCUAUUUCCUGAAAACGAGGAGAUCGUCUACGACAGCCGUGGCCAACGCAGUCGACGUCGAUUCGCCGAACAUUUUGCUAACGACAUCGUCGCAACGACGCAACCGAUCAAAGCGAAAUUAGCCUCGCUCGGACUACAAGACGAACUCGACACCGUAUUGGGAAAAUCACGACGCCUACGGCAGGAACAAGAUUUUCUAGAAAACUCUCUGAACGUCAAAAGAGACAUGCAAGAUAUUAAAUCAACGAUCGAGGAUGCGGACACUGCUUUCAAAAGACGCUCCAAGCUUUUCGACGAAAUCGAACAGAUGACCGAGAACAAACCGAUACUUAAAUGGUCGAAAUUGAUCAACGACGAUGAUAAUUUGCUGGCUAGUUCCGCUGCGACCAGAGCCAAACAAACGAAAGCUCGUUUGAACGAUCUUGAGUCCGAAAUGGAAGAACUUUCCGAAAGGCAAGCGACCAGAGAACGCAGAGCAGCCGCGCUUAGAGCACUGAUCAACGAAAAUAUUUCCCAAUCUGAAAAUUCUAUUCAAAACCAGUCUGUUGUUAGUAAAAAGGUGUCUAUUCGCGAACGUUCUGAGAAACACGUUGCAUUCUAAACCUUUGUAUCGAUUUUAUCUAGGUGAACAAUUUAUGCUCGAAGAGGUAUAACGAACGCUCAUAUUUUUUUCACACGACUCUAGUUUUCGCCAACGUUAUACUAUUUUAAUUAUAGUAUUUCUAUUAUUUCGUUAACUCGUACGUUUAGUUUGGCUAAAUUCGGUAUCGUUCGAUAUUUCUACAUACGUUGUUUCAAUGUCUGACCAGUCUUUUGUCGUUGUUCAUAGAAAAGCAGAGAUAUUAUUAUAUCACAUUUACGAUACAGAUGUUUGUGCAAAAUUGUUUUACGUGACAGAAAUACAUUAGCAGUACUUUAAAAGUAUCAUUUAAUUUUAAUUAUCGAUUAUUUUAUGUCCAGAAGUAUUUCAAAUAUCUUACUGUAAAAGUAUAAAAAAAUAUAGUAGUAUAAAGUAUUACCAAAGAAAAGACAAUUUUAAAGACUACUAACAUUUAUUUCUUAAGUAAAUACUAAAUACUAAAUCGUUUUAUUUCAUUGAAAGUAUCCAACAAAACAGAAGAAAAAAAACAAAAAAAAAAUUAAUUCUUAAUGCAUUUUUUGAAAUUCAGUACUUUUUACCAUUUCUUUCCAACACAAUAAAUAAUUUAUGUUCCAUUUCUGAGAAGAAAUGCGAAAAUCGAAAACUAAUUUUUAAAAGAGAAGAAACCAAUGUUAAAAUUGACAUAUAUUUCCAAAUUUUGUAUAAUACAAUAGUUUGUAACGUAUUUAAAAAAAAAACCGAACGUAAGUUGUUCUUAAUACAUUGUUAAAAUUCUAACAUAUUGAAUAAGUACAUGCAUUACCGAUGUGAAAUUACACAAAAAAUUACUGUUUUCAUCGUGCUCUUUAUCGGCAAGAUUACAACAACAGCUAAGUGUUAGUUAACAUAUUAAGGAAAAUAUGCACCGAAAAGAAAUAUGUUCCCAUAGUUGUAUGUAUGUAUUUUUGUUCAUUCAUAUUUACAAAUAAAUGUUGCUUUUAAUGUA